CUGCGUACUACUUGUUGCGUGUUGCGUGUCCGUGUUGCGUGUUUCGUGUCCGUGUUGCGGUUGCGUUAAUUUCGAAACCAGCGAGAGCGGCUCUCGGAGGCAUGUCAGCACCAUGCUACGGCCAUUCGUGGUGUCACUGGCUGUAACCGUCCUGACGACCAUCGCGUUCCUCGGCAGAUGGACUCAACUCGCCUACUUUGGCCCGGCAACCCAUCGCCAGCAUGACCAGGGACGAAGCAAGAGGACCGCCUCACUGCGUGCUGCCCCUGCCGGGCACACCACCUCAGCUGGCAGUAGCAGCGACUUUGAGACGGUUUACGAGGCUUUCUACAACCGAGCGAUCCCCCCUGCCCUCGUCGACAAGUGGCGACCUUACGCAGAAGCUCAGAACUGCUCGACAGAGCCAUCUCACUAUGCGAGUGUCGACGGUCAGUUGGAGGUGUUCAGGGGCCUGCAGACGUACGCCAAACCCGGUAUCACUCACGAGAUGGUCAGGAACGCCUCAAAGACCACGAGGGCUGCACUCUGGCAGGUAAGGACACGGUGGGUCGAAAGGGACAAUGACGGGAAGAAUUCACGGUGUUGUGUCAGGUGAGGGGCGGGAAGCUGUCCCAUGUGAAAGGGAGCCAUGGUACUGGACGGUUGAUGUCUGGAGAAAGGAGCUGCUCGCGCCGAUUGCACAAGUGCUGCCAGACAUGAUGCUAGUGACCAACCUCCUGGAUGAGCCGCGCGUAUUGAGGCCUGCAAAUGGGAGCACCGAAGGGCCUGAUCGAAUUAGCUUCCAGGGCAGGAGCGCCGCUGACACCACCCGGCCCUCCUGCCCCAACCAAACAGAGGAAUACGAAUCGACCGUCGGCUUCUUUGUCAGCCCUGCUUCGUUCGAUGUCCGCCGAGGCCUCUUGCCCAUGCUCUCCCGCACCCGUGUGUCGCCAUGUUUUGUCGACAUUGUGUCCCCGUUCUAUACUAAGGAGUGGCGUCCGAAAGCUGACGCCCCACUGCCCCGAUGGGAGGACAAGACGGCAAAGCUCGUGUGGCGCGGUUCCAACACGGGAUGCCUGUGGACUAAUGCGGACGAUCUGCUAUGGAAGUGCGAGAGGGGAAGGCUGGUCAGGCUGUCUGGACAACGCAACAACGAAACUCUCCUGAGCGAGGUCGGCAAUGAGCUGCGGUCCCAUGGCUUCUUGUCCGAGAAUGACGACGAGUGGCCGUCGGGCAAGUGGGCGUCAUCCCGUGUGGGGGACCUCUUUGAUGUGGGCAUGACGGGCUUUGGUCAGUGCAAGGGCGGCAGCAAAGGCGGUCGCAAGAAGCCCUGCAGACAGCUGGAGGACCUCUUCGGCAAAGCCGACAAGCUGCCGAUCGAGCGGUUCUUUGACUACAAGUACGUCCUUCACGUCGAUGGCAACUCGUACAGCAAGCGACUUGUCAGCCUUCUCCGCUCCAACUCUCUGGUCUUCCUCCAGGUGCGCAGAGCAGAGCAACCACACACACACACACACCCGCCUUUGCGUGUCAUUCACUGCUGUCAGACCGCCUUUGAGACGUGGAUGGACGGCUGGCUGCAGCCAUGGGUUCACUUCGUCCCGGUGUCUCCUUCGCUCGCUGACCUGCCGGCAAAGCUGGUGUGGGCGCUGGAGCACGACGACGAGGCACGACAAAUCGCCGAGAACGCCCAGAGGUUCGCUGCUGACUAUCUUCGCCCUGUGGACUUUUCGUCCUAUCUCGCGUGGCUGCUGAUAGAGUAUGAGAGCCUCUUUAGACCGAGACAGCCGCUGGCUGGGUGGCCGUCUGUGUGAAGGGGUGGGACUUGGUGGGGGGGAUCAGUGACAGUUUUACUUAUUCAAUGACACUUGGCUGGUGGAUGCAUGGGAAAUUCCCCAGCUCCUCAUCAAUGUCGUCUUUGUGACUGUCACUACUACAACUGCAGCUGUUGUGUACGUCUAGGUUGCUGUGUGAUGUGCGUGUGUCUUGCUGGACUAAUUGGCACCGAUGUGUCGAUGUGUGGAUGGAUGGAUGGAUGGAUGGAUGGAUGUGUGGAUGGGUGUGUGGAUGCGUGUGUG